AUGGACAUCUCUUUUGCUCGAUGCGUAGCUCUCUGUGGGGUUACGCUUGUGAGUGGAUGGCUAGUACACUGGGUAUACAGAUGGAUGAACCCUUUCUGCAACGGGGUUCUUCCUCCCGGCUCCAUGGGUUUCCCCAUUAUUGGUGAGACCUUGGCCUUCCUCAAGGCAAGCCCUUCCUUGGACAUCCCAGACUACUUCAAACUAAGGAUGAAGAGGUAUGGUCCGGUUUUCAAGACGAGCUUGUUGGGGCAGCCGGCGGUGAUCUCCACCGACGCGGAGCCCAACCGGUUUAUCCUCCAGCAGGAAGGCACCAUGUUCCGUCUUGGGUACCCUCGGGCACUCACCAAGAUAUUCGGCGAGAAGAGCAUCGAGGCCUUCCAUGGCACCAUCCACAAGUUCAUCCGUCGAUGCGCCUACAUGUUGUUCGGCCUCCAGACCCUCAAGGAGACGCUCCUCCCUGAGAUGGAGGCCGCCGUGAGGGAGCGCCUCGCCGCGUGGGCCGCCAUGCCCAGCGUCGACGUUCGUGGCGGUGCCCCCAAUAUUAUGUUCGAGCUGGUGACCAGGAAAUGCCUGGGUUUCGAUUCCACAAAGUCCAGGGAGCUGAGAAGCAAGUUCGACACGCUUUUCUCAGGGCUCUUCUCCUUCCCUAUAUAUUUCCCUGGGACACCAUUUUACCGAUGCAUGCAGGCACGGAAAAAUAUUCACAAGACACUGCGGGAUACGUUGGCAGAGAGGUUAAGUGCACCAGGGAAGAAACAUGGCGACCUCCUCGACAUAAUCGUCGAGGAGCUGCAGGGUGAAGAGCCAUCAAUAAGUGAGGAUUUUGCUAUUGAUAUGCUCUCCACCUUGUUGUUCGCCAGCGUCUUCACGCUGUCAGGAACCAUCGCUGUAGCAUUCAAGUCACUCCAUGACAACCCGGACGUUGUCCACGCGCUCCAGAAGGAGAACCGAGCUAUGCUCAAUGGUCGAAAGGGUGGGCGCUCCGGGCUCACAUGGGAGGAGUACAAGUCAUUGACAUUCACUAAUCAGGUGACCAAUGAGAUCAUUCGAAUAAGCAAUGCCGCACUUGUAGUAUUUAGGAAAGCUCUUACAGAUGCACAAGUCAAUGGCUAUACAAUUCCUGCUGGAUGGCUGGUCAUAGUCAACCCCAUGGCAGUUCAUCUGAACGGAGAAUUGUUCGAAGAUCCACUCAAAUUUAACCCAUGGAGGUGGAUGGAUGAGUCAAAGCGCAGCGCAAUGCUGAAGAAUUUCAUGCCAUUCGGAGCAGGCAUCAGGGUUUGUCCUGCCGCAGAGUUUGUCAAGCUGCUCGUAACAAUUACCAUCCAUGUCUUGGUGACCGAGUAUAGAUGGGAAGAAAUGAAACAGACAGAUGUAUUCAGAAGUGGAGAUGUUAUGUUCCCGCAGGGCUACCACAUUCGACUUCAACCCCAAGACGAUAACUGA